GGCUCUGAACGUAUGGGGCUGACAUGGGCUUCUCGCUACCUGAGCAUCGCGCUGAGCUACCGGACGCCCAAGUAUGCGGAAGUACGUGACUGGAGGCUGGGCCUGGUCCACAGGGCGAUGCAGGCAUCGUGCUGCAUAUAUGUCCUGGGCUACGUGAUCCUCUACAACGGGAAACACUUGAAGGUCAGCCCUUUCAUGUGA